UGUAGAUCGGUUGGAGUUGAGGCACUGCCGUUGUGGCUGCUGUCUGUUUGGGAAAUAAAGCUUGGUUCACACCUAAAACCAUCCAGGAAUCUUGGAUUGCUCUAGAUUAUUAUUCAGGCACAAAUGGACUUUCCGCCUGUACUGACUGAGAGCAUCAGAGGAGUCAUAGCUGGCUUCAAGCCCACACACCUGUGAAAUUACCAUAUCUCCUGCUGCGGUUCCUGCAAAAUUAGCAGUCCUUGACCGAGAAACAGAGAUAUAGGAACCUGUCCUUUUCCUAUGGAUUACAGACCUAUAGGAUACCCUGUUUGGGUUUAUCAUUUUUAACGCUCAUUGGCAGUCUGAAGUUCUUAAGAGUCAAUGAUUGAGAGGCAUUCAAAAUUUCUGGUAGGAGUGCCCAUUAGAAAUGAGAGUACCUAACCUCAAGGUGAAAUCAUUGCUGUUUGUGCCAGAGAUAAAUAUAGCUUGCAUUCUUUAGCUUAAGCACUAAAGAGCCUCACGCAUGUAAUGCAGACUGAGAACCUUUGCUAGGAAGCUCCAGACCUUAAACGGAAAUAUGGGCCCUCCCGUUUCAAACAUGCAGGGACCACCAGCUGUACCCAAGAUGGGCGUUCGAGCCAGAGUGUCAGAUUGGCCCCAGAGAAAGGACAGUAGCCAUGGGUCUCCACCUAGAUAUGACAGCUUGAUGUCAAAUUUCCAGAACAGAAAAUUCAGUCAGGAUACCGAUGAUGUCAUCAAUCAAAACCAGGGGUCUCCGAACAAGACCAGCUUUCUCGAGGCCAAGUACGGGUUACUCAGUCAUUCGUCAAGUAAAGGCUUUCAUCCCCUUCAGAAGAAAAGCAACAGUGACAUUACCAUCAGUGAUAUUGGUGUAGAGGAUGUUGAUCAGACAACCAUUAACCCCAACACUGGUGCUUCCUUACACCGUGAUUAUGGUAGCACCUCCUCUGUUGACCGACAUGGUUUGUCUAGUGAAGUGUUUUUCACUACACCAAGAGCCCACCCACCUGAGCACUCAGAGCAGCCCAGUGCCCCACCUCCGCAUGGAUUCCCAGAGUACCUACAGUAUGACACCAUUUCUCCGAGCCUCCAGACUGCAACUCAGAUAGCUCAAGGGGACCUUGUCUGCAUCCCAAACUACUCUGAUUAUGUGGACAGCUCACUCUUUUACAAUCAGGAAAGAGAGAGGUCUUUCUUACAGAGGCAAAAAUCAGAGAAGGGGGAGACUUCAGUAUUUCGUAAGUUGAAGACUAUGAAGAGUGAACCCAAGCAUUUGACUGAACAGGAUGAUUGUAGCAGACAUGGCUGCACUUUAAGUUUCCAGAGAUGUUUUGCACAUUAUGAUGUACAGAGUGUUCUUUUUAACAUUAGUGAGGCCGUUACCAACCGGAGUAACCUUGCACGCAGGAAGAACAUUACUACUGGAGCUUCUGCUGCAUCAAAGCACCAUACUGUUGGGGCAGGAGAUAGUACUGAAUCUUUGCCUGUGUACCCAGAGUCUCCUCUGGGUAGCUGUGAGGAUCUUGGACAGAAAGCUUGCACUGAUCUAGAUGAAGGAGAUGGGAAGAGCAAUGGUAUGGUGCUCAGCUGCCCUUACUUCCGCAAUGAGGUAGGUGGUGAAGGAGAAUGGAAACUAGGACUCACAAGGACCAACAGCACCAACUACAGUAGUGGAGGUGAGAGCUGUACUGUUGAGUCCACUCUCAGCUCUCACUGUAAAAAUGCAGGGGUAUCUGUACUGGAGUUACUGCAUGAUAAUUACUCAUCUCAUGAGAAUUAUGCGGUUCCCCGGGACUACAUUAAACGCUACGUCAUUGAGCACAUCGACAUGGGGGCGUACUAUUACUACAAGUUCUUCUACAACAAAGGGCAUCAGAACUAUUUUGGUCUGGAUGAGAACCUGGGCCCAGUGGCAGUGAGUGUGCGCAGAGAGAGACUGGAGGAGAGCAAAGAGGCAGUACAGUACAACUACAGAGUAAUCUUCAGAACCAGUGAGCUCACUACCUUGCGAGGGUCUAUCUUGGAGGAUGCUGUGCCCUCCACUGCAAAGCACGGCUCUGCACGUGGCCUACCUUUGAAGGAAGUGCUGGAGUAUGUGGUGCCUGAACUCAACAUCCAGUGCCUUCGACUGGCCAUCAACUCACCCAAAGUGUCAGAACAGCUGCUUAAACUGGAUCAACAGGGGUUGGGUUAUCAACACAAAGUGGGGAUCCUGUACUGCCAAGCCGGCCAGAGCACAGAGGAGGAGAUGUACAAUAAUGAAAGUGGCAGUCCAGCUUUGGAGGAGUUCCUGGAUCUGCUUGGCCAAAGAGUUCGCUUAAAGGGUUUCAAUAAGUACAGGGCUCAGCUGGACAAUAAGACGGAUUCUACAGGCACUCAUUCUCUCUACACUGUCUAUAAGGACUAUGAACUAAUGUUUCAUGUCUCCACAAUGCUCCCUUAUACACCCAACAACAGGCAGCAGCUGCUGAGGAAGAGACACAUUGGGAACGACAUUGUUACAUUAAUUUUCCAGGAACCAGGAGCACUACCAUUCAGUCCCAAAAACAUCCGCUCCCACUUCCAGCAUGUCUUUAUCGUCAUUAAAGUACACAAUCCUUGCACAGAACAAGUUUGCUACAGUGUUGCAGUUGCAAGGUCAAAGGAUGUACCAGCAUUUGGUCCUUCAAUCCCCAAAGGAGUCAUGUUCCCCAAAUCAGCAGUAUUCCGGGACUUCCUGCUGGCCAAGAUGAUCAACGGUGAGAAUGCUGCACACAAGUCUGAAAAGUUCCGUGCCAUGGCCACACGCACCCGCCAAGAGUACCUAAUGGACCUGGCAGAAAACUUUGCCAGUGCCACACCAGUGGACUCAUCAGCAGCUAAGUUCAGCUUCAUCACAUUAGGUGCAAAGAGGAAGGAACGCAGCAGGCCACGAGUCAAUGCACAACUUCACAGCACAGGCGCCAUCACCUGGGAAGUGGUCCCCCAGGACUGCUGUCUGUCCACGGAUGUUGGUUGCCUCCUGGCCAUAUCCAGAGAGUUCGUGGUGCUUAUUGAAGAAUCUUCCAAGGAGGUAGUGUUUAACUGCUAUUGUAAGGAUGUGAUUGGUUGGAGCUCAUUCCCAGCAGCGGGCAGAGUGAAGCUGUUCUAUGAGCAUGGAGACUGUGUAGUGUUUUCUGUUCAGGAUGGCUGUGCUGAGGAGGUCCGUGAAGUCACACAACGACUUGAGAUAGUCACUAGAGGCUGUGAGACAGUAGAGAUGGUUCUGCGCAGGAACGCUUUGGGCCAGCUGGGCUUCCAUGUGAACUUUGAGGGAGUAGUGGCCGAUGUGGAGCCUUUCGGAUUUGCUUGGCAGGCAGGGCUACGCCCAGGUAGCCGCCUAGUUGAGAUUUGCAAAGUCACUGUUGCAACGCUGUCUCAUGAGCAGAUGAUUGAGCUGCUGCGGACUUCCACCAAUGUCUCGGUGGUGGUUGUUCAGCCACAUGAGGAUGGGACGCCUAGAAGGGCUUGCUCAGAGCUGUGUCGCUUCCCCGUUGUGGAGUACAAGACAGUCAGCGCUGGAGCUGGCUGGCAUCGCAUGAUGCAUGUGCCCCAGGGUCCUCCUGUGGACAGGCCCUCCUGUGGACAGCAAAUGUACCAGUGUGUGGCCAUCCCCCGCAGUACCUCCUUUGACAAGAAAUACCACGAUGGUACCAGGAUCCUGCAUGACUUUGAGCUGGUCCAGAGCUCAUCAGGAAACCCUAGUCUGCCCUAUUGUAGCUCUCCCAGUAACCAGUCCACUUCUAGUGACCCAGGACCCUGUGGUACUUGGAGCCAGAAAGUUGGGUACGAUGGAUGCCAGUCCCCUGCUUUUCACAACCAGGCUGAAGGGAAGGAGACAGAAGGCUAUAGAGUACAAGAAUCCAGACUGGACCGGGCCAGAUCUGCUGUAUCUUUUUUUGUUUCAGAAGCCAAGUGGCACAUCCCAUCCACUAGGAUACUGAACAGAGAUAUGCAGAAGCAGGAAAUAAAAGACUUGCCCAUAAAAUUCCCACAGGCCCAAAAGAAGAAUGGUCACAGUCAUUGCUCUAGUCACUCCAGUAGCAACACUCUAUCCAGUAAUGCUUCAAGCAGCAGUGAUGACAAGCGCUUUGGCUCAGGAGACCCCAUGGAUCCUGCAACCCUGGACCUCACUUACAUUAAAGGUGCAUCCACUGACAGUGGCAUUGACACAACCCCCUGUAUGCCCGCCCCACCACCUCUUCCACUGACCAUUCCAGACGUAGACCCUGUGGAAAUUGUGCCAAGGAGUGAUAGAGGACAGACAGGCUUUCCUUGGGCACUGGAGUACCAACAGGAAGAAGAGAGGGAGGGAGACAGGGAGAAGAUGUUACUGACGCAGGGUCAUGUCUCCGCUUCAGCAGUAGGCCAUGCCACUGAUGGCAGCACAGGGAACUUGAGUGAAAUCUCCUCUUUAUCCAGGCAGAUAUAUAGGAUGGACUCAUCUCAACUGGUAGGUGCUGAUGGGAAGCUCAAGACACUGUCUAAGGAGGGUUUCCUCAAGAUUCUGCUGCUAGACAGUCUGCCUGGGCAGCUUGGCUAUGACAAGAUGUUCUCUAUGAGUCAGUCAUCACAUCGCCCUCUAUACAGGACACUUUCAGAUGAGAGUCUUUACAGCAGCCACCAGAGGGUGCUGUCUUUGGCCAGCUUGCGGAGCUCCGUACUGGAGCAGGUUCUGCCCAAUGACAUCCUGUUCAGCAGUGCACUGCCAUACCACAGUACCCUGCCCCCUUAUUUGGGCCUCAGCCAUACGGCUAGCCAGUUCAAGAAUGAGCUGUGGUCCUCUGACAAUUCACUAGCAGACAGAGCCAAGCUGACUGAGGCUGGCCUCAUGCCCCUGCCGGACACAACCUCUGGUCUCAAUUGGUCCCAUCUUGUAGACGCUGCACGAGCAUUCAAGGACCAGAAUGUGGAUUUGCCAUGCUCUCUGAAUGAAGAGGAACAGACCACACAGGCAUUGGAGAUCUCAAAGGGACUUAACACAAGAGCUGCAGAGGAUUCAGCUUUGGAAGCAGGGGAUGGCUCACCUGCUCUCCUUUCUGGAAAAGUGAACCAGUUAGAGAUCAUUCUCAGACAGCUUCAACAUGAUCUGAAGAAGGAGCAACAGGACAAGGCUAUGCUGCAGGAACAAGUGCAGCAUCUCAGGCAGGACAACCUUCGGUUGCACGAGGAGAGCCAAACUGCUGCUGCCCAGUUGCGACGUUUCACAGAGUGGUUCCUCAACUCAGUGGAUAGAAAAGCUUGAGUUUUUUUCUUCUUCUUUAGCUUAGCAACUAAACAAUCUGAACUUGUGUAGCCUAAUGUAAACAUAGGCUGUUAGAGAAAAUGUACCCUUUCAUCAUUUGAAUGUGAAUGUGUCUUAAGCUAACAUGCUAAUAGUGCAUCAUCUUUUACAGGGAUUGGUGAUGGGUGUGGUUUAGGUACGAAAGUGGAGAAUGAGAUUAGAUGAGAAAUAAUGGGUGGUAACUAAGGGUAGAAUGGGAAAAAAUGUUUAAGUAGUUCAUAUGAAGUACCAACAUAAGGAAACCUGAAAAUGAAUGUAAUGCAAUAAUGUGUGUUUAAACUGUAAGAUCUUGUGCUUUUAUCCUCAAGCAAAUGUUGUACUUAAUUUAGUCCUGGCUUUUGUCACUGUCCAUCCUUGUCAUUUGUUAAACCAGCCAGAUACAUGCCUUUGUGUUUGAAGGUUCCCCCCAGUGACUCGGUGUAGUGUUAUCUGCUUGUAUGACGUUUUGUAAGUAAUUCAUUGUUACAAAACUGUAGCAGGUAAUUUGGUAAUAGGAUAUUGACAAAACUGUUAAAUAUGAUUUGCUCUGUGUCAUGUUGUUCAAUUUUACAGUUGAAAUUUUGAAGAAAAAAAAAAGAAGCAAUGAAAAUGGUAGUAUGUCUGGUGUCAUUGGUGAUAAAGAAUAAUCAGUUUUCUGUUUCUCUAUUUUUCUUUUUGUAUCCACAUGCAAAAACAUUGUCCAGUCAUAACACUGUUGUAACCUGACAAUCUAAGUUGAAAGAUGUCAGACGAUAUCAUAGACAGUAUCAGAUUCCUAUGACCGCUAACUCUAAACGCCAAAUUAUUUUGUCUCUGUGAAGUACCUCAGAAAAGUGUCUUGUACUUUAGCACUCUUAUUUAAGCCUAUUCAACCCAUUAUUGUUAUUUUAACAAAAUAUUUUCCUGUGUGCACUAAAAAGAGUAAUAGUCAUAUAGUAGCAGUGCUCUGUAUAACUUCUCUGAGAUCUAAAACCAUACUUUCAAAGGAUCACUUCCAGGAAGUUUAAGAUGUGGAUGCUGCUAGAAGAUAGGUUAUUGUUUUAUAUGACCUUCACAAAUAUUUUUUAUUUGUUUGUAUAUCUGUUUUGUUGAAUAUGGGAUAAAAGGUUUGCUUUGUAAAAUAAAGUAUAGGAUGUGAAUAAAGACCCAUGCCCUACUGA